AUGGAUAGUGAGUAUCGCGUAAUUUUAAAUGUCGGUGGCAUACGGCAUGAAACUUACAAGCAUACGUUGAAAAAGAUCCCAGCAACUCGAUUGAGUCGGCUUACAACAAAUUUAGCUAAUUAUGAUCCAGUGCUGAAUGAAUAUUUUUUCGACCGGCAUCCUGGUGUUUUCGCGCUCAUACUGAACUAUUAUCGAACCGGGAAGCUCCAUUAUCCGUUGGAUGUCUGUGGGCCACUGUUUGAAGAAGAACUGAAGUACUGGGGUUUGGAUGCUAAUGAGGUAGAACCGUGCUGCUGGAUGACAUACACGCAGCACCGUGAUACUCAAGAAGUGCUGACCACACUCGAUAAACUCGAUAUUGAUAUUGAUGAAGAACGCCUCAAUGAUCCCGAGCAGGUCUAUCGACGGGAACUUCAAAGAAUUGGCAAAAGAUGUUCAAAGUUGCUGCUUAAGUCAGCUGCUUUUUACAACGGUGCUUCGUUUUGCAGAUUUGGCUGGGAGGAUGACUACCAUAACCAUUCGCUGUCGAGAUGGCAAAAAUUAAAGCCGAAAAUCUGGCAUUUAUUUGACGAGCCUUAUUCAUCUAAUGGAGCUAAAGUUAGUUUGCUUCUUUCAGCCCAGUAA